GAAGGAAGUGCUGGUCACUCGGGGGUGGGCGGGUUUGAGGAAGGCUCCCACCCUCCCUCUGUCCUCUGGAGGAGGCUGAUCCUUGCUCUCCAGAUGACAAGAGUUCCCCAAGGUGGCCCCUACAUAGGGCCUCCCUACAGUGCUGUUUGUCUUCUCAUCUCCCUGGAGGAGAGCAGGGCGAUGGGGCUGCCCCUGCUGCUGCUGCUGGCAUCUUUGCAGGCUGGUAGCUCGGCAGGAUCCAAUCCAAAGACUGGCUAUUGGGUCGACCAACCAGAGCACCUCUCAGCCCCCCAGGGUGGCUCCAUCCACAUCCCCUUCUCCUUCAAUUACCCCCGGGUGUUAACCAAGGUUCACAACUUGAGUAUAUCCUGGAGACGGAAGCACUUCCAUGGGGAGUUCAUCUACAACAUGACCCCUCAUUUCAUCCAUAAGGAUUACAAGAACCGGCUCUUGCUGAACUGGACGGAGGGUUCAAAGAAUGGCUCCCUCCAGAUCUCGAAUCUGCGGCGGAAGGACGAAAGUGUCUACUUCUGCCGGGUCCAGUUGAACACACUGAUUGGCUACAAGGAGAUGUGGCAGUCCAUCCUGGGGACCAACCUCAUGAUCACCCGCGCUGUCAAGAAGACCACCCUGGGCCCUACCACCACUGCCACCACCACCACAGCUGACCUCAGUGUCUCAGAGGGCCAAAAGAGCUCAGGGUUUUGGCCCCUGAGUCUGGGAGCCACAAUUGGGGUGGCGCUGGCUGGCGCUGUACUCCUAACCUUGAUUUUGGGACUGAUGGUCUACCUGAGGUGGAAGAAAAAGAAAGGUCUGCGGACUAAAGCCAGAACCCCAGCCAGGGGAUCCUUCCAGAACACUGAGGAGAAGUACGAGAAUAUUGGGAAUAAAGAGGAGAAGUACGAGAAUAUUGGGAAUAAAGGACAAUAUACAGACCCCAAGCUGGACCCCAAGGAUGACGGCAUCCACUACGCCUCCCUUGCCCUCUCCAGCUCGACCUCACCAGCAGCACCUCCCUGCCCCCCUCCCCAUGGGAGCCCCCAGGAAGAGACCCUAUACUCUACCUUGAAGGCCUAAGGAGCAGACUGAGGGACGACUUCCUUAGAGUAAGCUGUGUGGAGGGUCUCAGCUUCCAAUAAUAACCCGGGCCACACACACACACGACUCAGAAGCCAGCAGGUGUUGAAGGCCACCAGGGACCUGAGACAGAGCCAUCUGCUCCAGUUCCCUCUUCAACUUCCUAGCCUUGCCCACCAAAAUAAAAGUACCCAGAGAAUUUUCCUGAAUGCA